CUGACUGUGUCAAGUGAAAGCUUUUUGUCAUUAUCUGUUUUGUUUCAAAACUUAUUAACUUACUAAAUAUUUUAAUUAGGCAGCCUUGUAAUUCGUGUGUGAACAUGCUUAAAGAAAACUCGUUCAAUUUUGCACUUUGAAAACACAUUUUUGCAAUAACGUUCUAGUUUGAAUAUUGAAAUGGUUGAAAGACGGGACCCCUAACGUAUUAUUUGCUCUGGUUGGUUAUAAGCUACGUAUUUGGAACAUUAUUGUUGGAAGUUCAUCUACUGUACUACUACAUCUACACCACUUCUGUUCUUUACUAAGGAAAGCUUUUAUUUGUCAAGUUAAAUUAAUACAACCAGCGACUUAUCUGGGUGAUGGAGAAAUAUCAGCUUAGACUCGGACUUUUGAAAGAAAUUGGAAAUCAUCUGGUUGAUAUCUUCUAGGCAUUGUGCUCGUCCAAUGGGAAAAUGACAAUGAAGAGAGACAGUAGAUAUUUGAGAAGAAAAGAAGAAGUUAAUAUCGACUUCACCAAAUGUAAGAAACUCAUGUCGUCCAAUUUGCCCCUUCUUUUUGCAAAUGGACAACCUCGAAGCCUGGAAACAAUUUCCCAGCCUGAGUUGGAGGAGUUUGUUCCAUUUAUGGUGCAAUGCUCGCUGGGACAAGAAAUUCUCAAAUCACCUAAGAGAAUCAACAACUGUCCCGCACCUGAUUGGUGGCCUCAGGGGCUCCCUUUCAAAUUUCCCCUGAUUGAUCAGUCCGACUGGAUUAAUAGAUUGGUGAUGCUGAAAAGCCUAGUAUGCCGCUGUUAUACUUAUUAUAACUGUGAAUUCUUGCUUAAGUUCAGUUCCGACCUAGCUGAUAUACCACCAAGCCAACUGAGAUUUGAAAUAAACGAUGACAAUACCACCACCAUCUAUGACCAAAAUGAAGGGAUGUUGGUGAAGUGCAGAAAUGAAAACCUGAACUAUGACCUACACAAAAAUCCUCGCCGUUACCUCUCUCCAGCUCACGUAAGUUGAUUUUUCACUACUAAGUGUAUAACUAGACUCUUAUUUAUACUACUUG